AUGGUUAAAGGCGCCCUCACGAAAUUCCCCGCCGACGGACUGCGGUCCUGCCGGCGCUUCAUCACCGGCCACAACGCCGAGGGCAAGGGCGUUUUCAUCGUCGAUGACACGGGCGACCACCACCGCCUCCUGGUCGAUGGCGAGGCUGCCGCCAACAUCAUCUACAGCACCAAUGAAAGCCCCGUGGAUAUGAACGACGACAAGGACGUCAAGUAUGCGAGGGAUAAUGAGCCCCCAAUCCACGUCCCCAACGGCAGCGUUGUCCGACUGAUCGACUUUGCCCCGGGGAUGGAAUCGCCCAUCCAUCGCGCCAUGUCCAUCGACUAUGGUGUUGUCAUCGAGGGCAAGUUCCAGCUUACCCUGGACAGUGGCGAGAAGAAGAUUAUGUUGCCUGGUGAUAUGAGUGUCAACCGUGGCUGCAUGCACCUGUGGAAAAACCUGGACGAAGAGAAGCCAGGUCGCAUGGUCUUUAUCCUAUUAGAUGUUACCCCGCUCUAUGUCAAUGGCGAGCAUAUCAAGGAGUAUCUGGGCGACAUGGAGAAAGAUUAUGUCUCUAUGAAGCACUAG